ACCACACGCCGGAUUGCGUCUCACGUCACCAUAUCGCGAAAGACUUCAGGCUUUGCGACGAUCACGAUGUCGGUCGACUACCUCCUCCACGAAAGCCCUAUCGGCUAUGCGGUCUUCAAAGUAAUUCUGCAGCCCGACACCAUUGGCAACCGCCUUGCCGAAGUCCAGAAGGCGGUGCAGGAUCUCGACAAGUUCGGAAAGACCGUUGAGCUCGUCGGUCUUGCGCCUUUCCAGGGUACCCAGGAUGCGCUGCAGGAGAUCAACGACAUCUCUGAGGGUAUCCUCUCCGACUUUUUGCGCGCGACCCUCGAGACCAACCUCCCCAAGGCUGGCAAGAAGAAGACCAUCACCCUCGGACUCAGCGAAAGCAACUUGGCCGGAAGCAUCAAGGCGGCUUUCCCCAACCUCGCCUGCGAGACCGCUCAAACCUCCGAAGUCGUCUCUGACCUGCUCCGUGGUCUCCGCCAGCACUCUGGCAAGCUCAUCAAGAAGCUCCAACCUGGUGACAUUGACCGCUCCAUCCUCGGUCUUGGUCACGCAUACUCCCGCGCCAAGGUCAAGUUCAGCGUGAACAAGCAGGACAACCACAUCAUCCAAGCUAUUGCUACCCUCGACCAGGUCGACAAGGACCUUAACCAGUUCUGCAUGCGCCUUCGCGAGAACUACGGAUGGCACUUCCCCGAGCUUUCAAAGAUUGUCCAGAGCAACGACCAGUACGCCAAGGUCGUCCUCACCAUUGGCAACAAGUCCCGUCUUACCGAUGACGACACCCAUGACCUCGCCGCUGUUGUUGACGAUGACGAGGCUGUUGCGACUGCCAUCAUCAAGGCUGCCCGUACGUCCAUGGGUCGCGACUUGUCCGAGGCGGAUAUGGAAAUUGUCAUGGCCUUCGCCAAGCGCACCGCUUCCCUGGCCGCCUACCGCAGGCAGCUCUCCAACUACCUUGGAAGCAGGAUGAAUCAGGUUGCACCUAACCUGGCCGCUCUUAUCGGCGACGUUGUCGGUGCUCGUCUCAUUUCCAAGGCUGGAUCUUUGACCAACUUGUCUAAAUAUCCUGCCUCCACUGUCCAGAUUCUCGGUGCUGAGAAGGCUCUGUUUCGAGCUCUCAAGACCAAGGGCAACACCCCCAAGUACGGUUUAAUCUACCACUCGUCGUUCAUCGGCAAGACUGGAGCCAAGUCCAAGGGCAGAAUCUCGCGUUUCUUGGCCAAUAAGUGCUCCAUCGCGUCCAGGAUUGACAACUUCUCCGAGACUCCUACCUCGAAGUUCGGUGAGGCGCUCAAGCGCCAGGUUGAGGAAAGGAUCGAGUUCUACUCUUCUGGUGCGCCACCAGCGAAGAACGCUGCUGUUAUGCAGGCUGCGAUGAACGCCGUUAUGACCGACAUCGGCAUCCCUGACCCCACAGCCACCGCGACCGAGGACGUUGAGAUGGCCGACGGUGUCACCGCAGGCGCAACUGAGCAGGCUCGCCGCGAGAAGAAGGAGAAGAAAGAGAAGAAGAAGGACAAGAAGUCCAAGAGCGCUGAUGAGGAGGUCUCUGAGAAGAAGUCAAAGAAGGAGAAGAAGAGGAAAGCGGAUGACGACGAUGGCGAGAACAAGAAGAAGAAGAAGAGCAAGGCAUGAUCAACUAUUCCAUUCCUAUGAAAAGUUGAUGUAUCAUUGUUUCUGUAUUCUUGCAUAUACUCCCAUCGGCGUUGUAGGGCCGGGGUGGCGUUCUACGGCGUUCUUGAACAUAGGGUCUGUUGUAUGACCGCUUUGCGAUGAUAUCUAGUUUCCAAUCUAC